GACAUAUGUUACUUAUAUUAUACAGUCGCACGUUUCCGUACGACAUUGUCGGCGAUAAAGUUAGACUUUGAAAAGACUAUAAAUCAUGAGAUAUUUCAGAAAGAUCUUGGUUUUAACUAUUUCAGCAUGUUUACUUGUAUACAUUAUAAAACGCAAAUUUUGGAUACAAAUUCUCACCCGUACCGGCUUCAAACACCCUAAAACUGCUCUAACGCACCGCAGUUCUCAAAACGUUCGAAAUAGGACUUCGCAACUCGAAGACGGCCGCAUUUUCCAGGACUUUCUCAAUCGGAAUAUUCAACUUCAAGAUAGCAAGAACGUGUAUUUCGAUACAGUCGGCGGAGUUGUCUGUUACAUACAUGGUACUAUCAGAAGACAGCUCAAUUCUUGCAUUUGCAGAGAUGAGCUUACAGGAGAGGAUUGCGGAAUACCGCUAGUAGUAGCAGACGCACAUACAUACUCAUCCCUCAAAUCGAAAUUGAAACGCCGACUAAAUCCAAGACGGGUUUUGAUGGCGAUUACAUUUAAUCAUGAAUUCGAUAUGCUGGAAGCGAGGUUAUAUGAGCACUAUGAACACGUGGAUGUUUUCCUAAUUGUUGAGUCAAAUUAUUCCUCUCACGGAGAUCCUAAACCACUGAGACUACUGGAGAGACUCAAGAAAGGGUACCUUGCAGAAUAUGUUCCAAAGUUAAUGUACAUAUUCUUAGAUACAUUUCCUUCAUCCGGGAGAAAGGAUGGUUGGGCUGCUGAGACCUACAUUAAAAAUGCUGCCUCUAUUUUGGGACUUCCUCGACUGAACCAAACACGACCGGAUGACUUAUACCUAUUUUCCGAUGCUGACGAAUUGGUCUCAAAGGAAAUAGUAAUAUUUUUAAAACUUUAUGAAGGCUAUCCAGAACCUAUGUCAUUUUCACUAAGAUGGUCAACGUAUACAUUUUAUUGGAAAAACAAAGACAAUACAGUAGUUACAUCGGCUUGUUCAUUGAAUAUGCUGAAAAGGCUUCUUGAUGCUAAGUCGAACAAUAUUCGAGGGGCUGCCAAAGAAUUGUCGUCGUCUAAAAACCUGAAUAAUGUCAUGAGAUAUCGUAAGCUAUAUGGUGAUGUGGACAUUUGGGUGUUGGGGUCCACGAUGCACCCAGCUGGCUGGCAUUGCUCCUGGUGUUCCAGUCCUGAAGAUAUCCUAGUAAAACUUACAUCAGCAAUAAACGCAGAUUUCCCGCGGUGGGGGGAUUAUCCCGAAAAAAGAAAUCUCACAUAUAUUUCAAACUUGAUUAAGACUGGAACGUGGUUUAAUGGAGAACGUUUGCCAACACCGACAACACUUGCAACAGAAAAGAAUAGAUCUUUUGCACCAGCGUUUUUCUUGGACCACUUUGAUACGUAUAAGAAUUUAUUAAGAUAUGACAAAGAAAAACAACAGGAAUUGAAAAUCAAAGCAAAUGACCUAACUCAUGCUUAA